GAUUAUCACUUCAAACUCAUCAUUAAUUUGAUAAUUUUAUUUUUCUCAUUUCCAAAAUGUUCAAACUAGCCCUUUUAGGCAUCCUAACAAUUAUAGUACUCUUCUCAAACCCUAAUUGCUCUCAAGCUUCUUCUUCUUCUUAUAAUUAUUCAUCUCCAGAACCCAUUCUAAACCCUAGACUCUCAAAAGCUUACACAGCUCUUCAAGCUUUAAAACAUGCAAUCACUUCUGACCCUAAAAAUUUUACUUCAAAUUGGUAUGGUUAUAAUGUCUGCAACUACACAGGAGUCUAUUGUGCACCUGCCCUAGAUGACCCUUACACCAUUACUGUUGCAGGUAUUGACCUAAACCAUGCAGACAUAGCCGGUUGUUUACCGGAGGAACUCGGUCUUCUCGCCGACCUAGCUCUUUUUCACCUGAAUUCUAACCGGUUCUCCGGUACUAUACCGGAUAGCUUUCGAUAUUUUCGCCUUCUUUACGAACUCGACAUAAGUAACAACCAAUUUAGUGGUAAAUUCCCACCUGUUCUUCUUUGCCUACCUUCACUCAAAUUUCUUGACAUAAGAUUCAAUGAAUUUUACGGCAAUGUCCCUUCCGAACUGUUCGAUUUACAACUCGAUGCUAUUUUCAUCAACAACAAUAAAUUCAAGUCAUCUUUGCCUGAGAAUUUCGGGAAUUCAUCAGUUUCUGUUAUUGUAUUAGCUAACAAUGAAAUUAGUGGCUGUGUUCCUUCAAGUUUGACAAAAAUGGCGAAAACCCUAAACGAAAUAAUCCUGACGAAUGUGGGAUUGACAGGUUGUGUUCAAUCUGAUAUUGGGCUGUUGAAUAAAGUUACAGUUUUUGAUUUAAGCUUUAAUAAGCUUGUUGGUUCAUUGCCGGAAUCUAUCGGUGAAAUGAAAAGCUUGGAGCAGCUAAAUGUGGCGCAUAAUAAAUUUUCCGGCAAGAUUCCUGAGAGUAUAUGUUUAUUGCCCAGGCUUGAGAAUUUUACAUAUUCUUACAACUAUUUCUAUAGUGAGCCACCGAGUUGCCUUAAGCUGCAAGCUAAAGAUGAUCGUCAAAACUGCUUACCGUUUACGCCUAAGCAGAGAUCGCCUGAAGAAUGUAAGGCAUUUUAUGGUUAUCCUGUUAAUUGUAACGCAUUUGGAUGUUCAAGAAAUCCACCGCCACCGCCACCACCUCCUCCACCGCCACCGCCACCGCCACCUCCUCCUCCACCGCCACCUCCUCCUCCACCACCGCCUCCUCCACCUCCACCUCCACCACCGCCUCCUCCUCCACCAUCACCAUCUCCGCCACCCCCACCACCAGUGCAUUAUUAUUAUAAAUAUCCUUAAUUAAGGGACUAUAUAUAUUAAUUAAUAAAUUUUUUUUUUUUUAAAAUAUUCUUAUAGCUUAGUAGUUGGCGUAUUAUUUAAAUUUGGGGGUUUCAGAUUCUAAACUCUUUUUUAUUGUAAUAAAAAAAUUAGAUUUUUUUUUUAGAAUCAUCAAGUAUCCCACUAUUAUAUUAGA